ACAAGACGCGACCCCGAAGAACGUCUCUCUGUCGCGCGCGCGCGCGCACGCGCAUCUCCAGACAAGCGGCGGCGAGCGGAAAAUAACAGACGCUCCAAUAAUAAAUAUAAAUAUAUAAAUAACAGACGAUAAUAAUUGAUGCGGGACGGCGCGUGGGGGAGGAGGAGGAGGACAGAGGGACACCGAGCGGAGUGCGGGUUUAUUCUGUAUUUUCUUUCUUUCUAUCUUUUUUUUUUGCUUGUAUGUGAUUAAAAUGAGAUAAUUCGGGAUGAAGGAGGACGCGGUGAUGCUGAGGCUGAUGGUGUCGCUGGGCUGAGAAAAAGGGGAGAGAAGGAGAGCACAAUAGAAAGAAAAAAAAAAAUCUCUGCCUCAAGGAGAAAAAAAAAGGAAGAGAUAAACAGCACGCGCAAAGAAUAGAGAACGAGGAAGAGGAGGAAGAAAGGAAGCCCCGCGGCCGCUCGGAUGCCCCCGACAUCGCCGCUAUGCUAACACCGUGCUGGGUGAUGCUGCUGGCGGGGCUCGUGUCGGGUUUGUUCCCGGACAGAUCUCACGGAGCCCCGCAGCCUGAAGUGUCUUUCUCGCGGGACGCGUCUCUCUCUCCUCCAGCCUACGUGGUCAUCCUGGUGUCCUGCUCAGGCCUUGUUUCAUUCAUCCUGCUGCUGCUCACCUGCCUGUGCUGCAAGAGAGGAAGCGUCGGUUUCAACGAGUUUGAUAAUGCUGAUGGUGAAGAAUGUUCCAGUCCCGUUCCCGAGGACAGCGCGUCCUCAUGUGUGUCUCUGCCUGAGGUUUACACACUUCCUCUGCGAGACAGAGCGUGUUCAGCACUGCCUAAUGGCACAGGGACGAGCACACAGUGUUUUCGCCGACACACACUCAACUACCUGCAGGAGAUCGGGAAUGGCUGGUUUGGGAAGGUGAUCUUGGCCGAGGUGUUGUGUGACUGCAGCCCCUCUCAGGUGAUGGUUAAAGAGCUGAAGGUCAGUGCCAGUCCUCUGGAGCAGCGCAAGUUCCUAGCCGAAGCCGAGCCAUACAGAAGUCUCCACCACCCCAACAUCCUGCAGUGUUUGGGUCAGUGCAGUGAGAGUAUCCCUUAUCUGCUGGUUAUGGAGUUCUGCCAGCUGGGCGAUCUCAAGCGAUACCUUAGAGCGCAGAGGAAGUCGGACGGCAUGACGCCUGAUCUCCUGAACCGUGACCUUUUGACAUUGCAGCGAAUGGCAUACGAGAUCACGUCAGGUCUUUUGCACCUUCAUGAAAACAACUACAUACACAGCGAUCUGGCACUGAGGAACUGCCUGCUCACCUCAGACCUGACAGUCCGUAUCGGAGAUUACGGCCUCUCACACAACCACUAUAAGGAGGAUUAUUACUUAACGCCAGACAAGUUGUGGAUUCCUCUGCGCUGGAUCGCUCCAGAGCUGCUGGAGGAGUUUCGAGGAGAAUUAAUGGUUACAGACCAGACUAAAACCAGCAACGUGUGGUCCUUAGGUGUGGUGAUUUGGGAGCUGUUUGAAUUUGGAGCUCAGCCACAUCGCCACUUAAGUGAUGAAGAAGUUCUCACUUUUGUCAUCAAGGAGAGACAGAUUACGCUGGCUCAGCCCCGCCUUAAACUCUCCCACGCCGACUACUGGUACGAGGUCAUGCAGUCCUGCUGGCUACCACCUCCGCAGCGUCCAACGGUCAACGAAAUCUUCAUCCUCCUUUCCUCUCUCCUGGCUGCUGAACAAGGAAGGAACCGGAGGAGUGUGGCAGAGGACGAGGACGAAGAUGAGUAUGAGGAAGCACACGGCCGACGGAGGAGAGGAGAAAGCGAAGAAUCAUUCGAGAGGCGAUGGGACUCACUUCGCCCCAGUGCUUUCCAGUCUGCAGCAGGGGAACGACAGAAAGAGAGAGGAUACAACAGAGAGGACAGUAACUCCUUCCCUCUGCUGGAUCCCGUGAACUCGAUCCCUCCUUCGUCUCAUGAGCUCGAUGACAUCCUGACGGUCACUGAGACAAGCAAGGGAUUGAAUUUUGAAUAUUUUUGGGACAAAGCACAUGGUAGGAGGGGUUAUAAACCACUUCCUCCUCCUCAGCCAAUACCAACCCCCAUCUCUGGUCAUCGGCAGUCUUUGGAUACGCCCACAGUUGUGCCAGUGAUUAGCGCACGUAGCCCUUCGUUAGCCAGCGAAUACUACAUUCGCUUGGAGGAACACACUCCACAAGACAAAUCCACUCAUCUCAAAGGGAAGUCAUCAUCAGCAUUGCAAACAGGCUCUGUUAGUCCUGGAGAUUUGGAAUUAGUAGAGAUUUCUGGUGGGACAUGUGGUAAGGGAAAGCCAACCUACCAAAACAAAGUUGGAGAGAGUGCUUCUCAGACACUCCAGACUGUGAGGUCUAGUGAAGUCCAAGUCCUGAAGCCAAACACGGGUCUGGUCCAGUUCAGUAAAGAAGGUUGUAACAGAGUGACUGAUUAUGCAGUAGUGGACAUCGGAGAUGUUAAAAGAGAUCCAAACCUAAGACGUUCCGGAUCUGUGACUUCCCAUGUACCAAUCCUUCCACCAAAGCCUCGCUCAAUGUCCAUGUCUUCGGGCAGCAAUCUACUGUCUCGUCCCCUACCUGUUCCCCCACCUAUAUAUGCCCACUCAUAUGGCCUGAAUCACUAUCCUGCACCCUCUUAUCCCAUCAGCAAAUCAGAGACUUCAGAUUCCUUGUUUAUGAGCAGCUGUUCAAACUUAAAAUCCAAUUUUGAUCAUCUGGGCUUCAAUCGGACACACCCGAGGCUUCCUCCAUCUCCGUCGCAUUCUCCGUCAAUCCCACCAUCCUCCGCUGGACACUCCAUAUUUCCUCCACCUCAAAGUUGCCCUCCACCUCUCCCUCCUCACUACAGGCCCCACAAGGAUCCCUUUCACAGUUAUGUGAGUGAAACAUUCCCCAGACAUAACAAUCUAAGCACGGUGCACUUAGAAAGAGACCCAUUAGGCUGUGACUACACUGAGAAGCAGAACGCUAACAGGAACAUGACGUGUUUGCAGUCAUUGCACAACUCAAGCUACAUAAAGGACGGGUCCCCAGGAGAUCGAGAAUCUCCCUAUUCCAAAAUGUUUUACUCAGAGUCAAUUCCGGUAAUCGAGAGAAAGUCUUCCUCCAGCACGACAUACUCAGAAGAUGACUAUAAUUCCCCUUUUGUAUCUCCGAGUAGACUCAGCAGUGGCACAAUCAUCGAAUGCAUCAGCUUGGUUGAUGACCCAGAUCCUGCUACGGCAGAACUGUUCUCCAGAGGAAUGAAACGAACCCAAUCGCGUCUUGACACAAUUCUUCCAGCUCUCUGGAAGGAGGAAGAUGCAGAAAUGCAUCGUGAGCGAGUUGCGGCUGCUAAGAAGUCACCGAUACACUUGUUCCUGACAGAAAUCUCCAAUGAACCUUUGGACUCCAAUGUAGGAGAAACCUCAUGGAGCAAGAAUAAUGACAAGGACAGUGGAUUGAGACGCUCCCAGUCCCUUCUCACCGAACUGGACUCGGCCACUAAAACCUGGGCAUCUGAUAAAACCUCAGAAGUUGAUGGGAUUGAAAAGAGGGAUUUGUUCCUCACUGAGAUUGACACCACAAUGUCAGAUUGUGAAGAUGUAUAUGAUGGCGAUGGGGGCAUCCCAGUGUCCCGCUUUGGCACCACACCCUUCCCCUAUGCACGCCCUGACGACUUGUCCACAUAUGCUGAAGAAGAAGAUGUUUUUACACAAGGUACGGAGAGAUCUCAGUCACUACCAUGUGAGAUAAACAAUGGGAACAUGGAGUCAAAGAACAAAGAAAUUACCCAAGAGAAGUUUCUUAAAGAGAUCCAAUCAGCUGAGACAUUUCUCACUGAGAUAAUAACAGGACAAAGCAAUCAGAAAGAGAGUCUAUCACCUGUAGAAAUAUCGCCAGAAUACGACUCUGUGUACAUUGACCCCACGUCCUCGCCAACACUAAAGUUCGAACCGUUAAGUAUACCUUUAAGUGAUACGAAAGAGGCAAUUUAUGCCCAGGUUACCAAGAGAGCUAAAAGAAGAGAAAUAAAAGUUGCAGUGCGUCCUGAAAUGCCCAUUCUGCAAAUAGCUUUGGAACUACAAAGCGUCAGAAAUGAGCCAAAUUUAUCCACUUUUGCUCAUCCAGCCAAAGAAGAAUUAUAUUCGAAGCCCCAAAGCCCUGCUGACUUUGUUCCUUCAGACAUCCUGCCGAAAACAGAGCUCUUAAUGGACCAGACAUCUCCUGCGGUAACACAGGGAACAGAUGCUGAGCUGUUUAACAGCGACAUGCAAGAAUCUCUUUCUAAUGUUAGCAUAGAACAACCGAGACAGUUUGAAGUUGAGGGUUUAUCACAGGAAAUCAUAGUUAAGGAUGUAACAGAAACUAUAAGUACUUUGACUUAUAAAACUGAGAGUGUCGGUAAGGAGGUAGAAGGAAUGCAUGUACAGGAUGGGCUAAUGUUUAGAGUACAAGCAAAAGAUGGCACAUUUGAAAGUUCAGAACAAGUCCUAGGUGUAAAAGGGUCUCUGUAUGUAGAAGUUCCCGAUCCUGCCACUUUAUCAGAUGCCACUGCGUCAACUGGACAAGAUUGUGGCAGAGUUAUUCAAAGCCAAGACUCUGGCCAGAUCUUUCAAAAGCAGGCAUUGUUUACAUCCAUUGAACAAGCUAAUUUGAUCGACACAGAUUUUCAUAUGAGCACCAAAAACGACGCUGACGAUCUAGACACUCUAAAAGAGGGCAUAAGUACGGCAGACUCCAUGCUGUCGCUUGGUGAAGCAAGUGCUGAUGUGUUCCCACUGUCCUUUGCAAGGGAACCGAACUCUGAACAAUCCCUGUCUACUAUUACACCCACAGACUCAACAAUGUCCCCUCUUACCUCCAGCUCUAUGGACUGCCUCACCCCUGGAGAUCCAUGGGUUAAUAGCGGAAGCACUGGGUGGAGGAUCUUGGGUACUGAAACCCCCUAUCGAGAUUCUGCCUAUUUUUCUGACAGUGACUUGGACAGUGGGGAAGGUUUACCCAGAAGAGGUUCCGAUGGAUUAGGCUCUUCUCGUUCAGGCAGUGGUCGACCAGGUGAGAGAGGAACGCUGAUGGGAAUUGAGGAAAAGACUGAAGCAGAGGACGACAAUCAGGAUGGUAAAUCGGUCAAAAUUUCACUGGAUGCCGUAGUGGAUUCUGUGAAAAGUUCUAAGUGUGGUAGCAAUGAUUCCAUGAUUUCAGCAUUUGAGGCAUCUAACAUCUCAAAAACUGAAACCAGUACCAUUGGCGAGUUAUUUUGUGCCAUUCAGGAAGCACCCCUACAUGCGUUCCCAUGCACUGAUCCCUCAGAGUUUUCUUUUCAAACAUCUUCUGUCACUGAUUUCAGUGAAGAAAAAGAAGUUCAGAACUUAGAACUGCUCUCCGAAACCAUAGAAAAGGUCCACAAGCCAAACUUCAUAGAGGAACUUCUUGAAACUCAAAAGGAAGCGUUUAGGUCAAGAAAGAACACACUGGAUAUUCAAGACAGUGAUACCAAUGAACUUGGUUUGAGAAACCUUACUUUUGCAGAAGAAAUGGAAGAGCAAGCAAAGGCAAAGUCCGAAGCCGAAAGCCAAAUAACUGAAGCUGAGCUUUGCUUCUUAAAAAAGAAAUCUCCAAACACCAGACAGGAGCAGGAGGAUCUGAGAGGGCUUUCCCUAAAACAGUGUUUUGAUGAUUUUGGGAAGGAAACCUCAAAGGAACUAAAUGUGAAACCAGAUAUAUUAUGGGAGGCUCUUGCAGAGCCUGGUUCCACAAACAGAUCUCUGAAGGAAGCAGUUACUUGUCAUAGGCUCCAGCAAAACGAUAAUCAAAUCUGUACACCAGAAACUUACCAGUGGGCACCAGGUGAAAAUAACCAGUGGGCAUCACCUGAAAAGAGCCUAUGUGUAUCCAAAAGAGAAGAGAAAAAAGAGCCUAUGUGUAUUGAAAGAGAUAACAAUGACCACUGUGAAUCAUGUAAAAAUGACCAGUGGCCAUCAACUGGAAUUGAUGAGUGGGCAUCAGUGGAAAAUGACCAGUGGGCAUCGCCUGAAAACGACCAGUGGGCAUCAGCUGAAAGAGACAAUUCUGCAUCAGCUAAGGGAACCGAAAAGGAACUGGAGUCCGAAUUCUUUCCAGGUUUAGGACAGAAGAGGUGUACAGAGGACAAGAUUUUUGGCACAAGCCACGAGUUCUGGGAAACAGAAAAUGAUGAGUUAGCAGUAAGCGAACCUCAUCCCACCAUUACGGAGACACAUGAAAAUACUUACGGUGAUGAAGCGCAGAAACAUGACGAACAUCAACCGUCCAGUUCAUUUUCCGGGUUUCCAGAAGCUCAUGAAAGUCAGCAAAAUAUGGACGUCCACCAAGAAGAAAACAUAGAAAAUCCUGACGUGGAAAACAGCGAACCAGGACAUGAUAGGCAAGUGGAAGCGGAUAAUCUGGAGAACCCAGAGCAAGAGCUUGUCACUCAUUGCAAUAGUGUUGGAAGGCGAAGCUCCAGUGACUGCAAGGUGUACAUCCAGAAUGAGGUGCAAGGUGAUUUUCCGGGAGGUGAAGGAAGCCAGAUUACUAGCAGACUACAGGAAGUCCUUGACUUAAAGGACAAGGCGGGAGACAAAGAACAUUGUUUUGCUGAAUCAGGAGGUUUUGAAGGCACGGAGAUUCGGACUGAGACCAACCACAACAAUAACUGGGUCACAGCAACACCUGAAGCCGAUGAGGUCCACACCACAAAUAAUAUCCUUAUGAAACCUCAUCUAUCUUCAGCACACCAAGACGCAUACUUCAGCGAGGAUAUUGAAAAUAAUCACUGCCAAUCAUCAAACAGGGAAACAGGUGAGGAAAGAUUUCUUGAAAAGGACAGAUCGGAUUCUCCUUCAUGUCCCAUUCUCACCAUUUAUGCAGAAGCAGAGCCGUGCACAAUCCACAGCAGCAACGUUCAGUGCUGCUCUCCUGCCUUGAUGUCCAUGGAUAUAUCAAACUGCGACUCUUCCCAGCAUGCCAAAGUGAGCGAUUGCCAAGGCCCAAACAAUUUCCCGAACACGGUGCACCAUAUAGAGAUCAAGUCUAGUCCGGGUGAUCAUGACUGGAUGGACGUCACGGACCACGAAAGUCUACUGGUCUUCUCUAACAACUCCGAUUCCUUCAACCUGUCCACUGCUGAAUGCUCCACCAGUACCCACAGCAAAGGAAUUACUGCAAAUCUGGGACAAAAACCAUCCCUGAUCACAGAAAACCAGACCCGCUUGGUAUCUGAUUGCAUAAACAAGGAUGAAAUGAGGAACGGCAAAUCUCACUCUGUGAUCUCUCAGACUUCCUUGAACUCCAUCCCAGAGUUGCUUAUCUCAGAAUGGAAGGAUUUGGAUGAGGAGCCUCUGGAGGACUUUGAAAAGCUGGAGAAGUUGUGCUGCAUUUCCGGAGACGAAGAUCUUCUAGGAGACCUCUUGUUGGGGAACUUAGACCUACUGGAAUCUUUGAAGAAGAACCAACAGACUUUGCCAAGUGCCAAAGAGGACCAAGAGCACUCUGGGGUUUCAGAUGGCAAAACAAGAGCAGAGCUGAGCGAGGAGGUUCACGAAAUCUCGGACAUCUCCGUGAAGAAAUCACAAAGCUUUGAGGAAAAUGAGCUUUUCAUGGAAAAGAAGGAGAGAGGAAACGUCCCACCUUGCCUGUUAAGCGAAGGCACCAAAGGUCAGAGAUUGCUGUCGCAAAUGCCGGCGAAAAAUGGGCUCAUGAUGCAGGUUUGUGAAGAAAAGCUGCAGUACUCCCUCAGUGAGAACGUUCAAACCAACGUGCUGUGGGGUUCUACCAUGACUGACAGCGUCAUUCUGCGUCCUUGGGCAGAAACCAGCGCUGGUGCUCUCGGCGAAGCCUCCAGCAAAGAAGCCUCGGUGAAAACCGAGAGUAACGAUGAAGCAGUCCCUCCUAGCCCAGUUUCACCUAAAAGUAAAGAUGCUGAAGUGGAAUCGGGGACACUGAAAAUGAUUGAGAAGGCUGAAGUCUCGCCUGAUCCACCUGCCACCAACCAAGCUAUGAAAGCUAAACUGGCCCGCCUCUCGCUCUCUCUUCCCCCGCUGCCUCUCUUGCUUCCCCUCUCCCCUGGUUCCAAAGGCUUCUGGGAAGGAGGGGAGAACCGAAUCGGCCGGAGGAGGGCCUUCUCGACGGGAUGCAACCCCGAAGAGGACGAAGAAGAUGAAGAGCAGGAGGACGAGGUCUCCAAGAAGGUCAUCGUUGUCACGGAGACGGACGUUCACAAGCGCGUAGGGCUGCGCAGUUUGCUGAAGUCGCCCAAGGAGCCCGUCGACCGAGAGAACCGCGACCAUGGGAGGAACGUGUCCUUUUUUGAUGACGUCACCGUCUAUCUGUUCGAUCAGGAAACGCCAACCAAUGAGCUGAGUUCCGGCUCUGCCCCUACAAGUCCAUCUCCUCUUGGAAAGCCCGCCCACUUUGACGGACACGCAGGAGGGAGCGGACACAAAGCCAGCAAGAACAAAGAGCAAAAAUCCAAAUCAGCACCGAGCUCAUCAGCAGCGUCAACGUCGUCGCGCUUCACCGUCAGUCCCGCCAACGACCCUCAUUUAGUCUGAUGCACACACUUACACACACACAUGCACACCCUAAGGAGAUAUGUAGCGCUCUGGAGUGACCCUCGUCACCUGGAGGUUAUUUUUUUAAAACUCAGACUCCUGUUUUUUUCGAGGCUGGAGAAGAGAAAAAGAAGACAAAACAUUUCAGGAACAAAUUUAAAACGGAGUUCACGGCUAUGCAAUAGGAGUCUAGUCACAGUCGUACCAGCUUCAGCUCUAUUUUCAUGGCUUCUUAAAGUACAAUUUGUAUUCUGUAUUCAGGAGGGGAAGCACUUUCUUCGACCAGUAUCUGUCUGUCUGUCUGUUGUCUCUUUGUUUGUCUGUUGGCUUUAACAGAAGGGUAGGGCAUUUGCCGGCGAUCCAGGUUUACGUGAAAGGGUUGGAAGAUAGCGUACAGAGGCCGAGUGAUAUCCAGAGAAGUUUACCCUCCCCCUCCACUGACGGAUUUCUUUUCCACGGACGGAUGGUUUAGCACGCUAUCGGUAUCAGGACAUGAUAGAGAGUGACAACUGGCGCGAUAUGAAAUAUGGCGACAAACACCAAUCGGGCAUAACAUGAUAUGACCACCUGACCCAUCGAGCAUCAAACGCUUCUUCUUCAGCGGUUUGAGCUCCUCUGUUGGACCACACGGACCAGCCUUCACUCCUCGCAUGCAUCAACGAGCCUCGGCCGCUUACGACGCUGUCGCCGGUUCACCACUGUUCCUUCCUUGGAGCACCACGGCAGACCAGGAACAUCCCACAACAGCUGCGGUGUUGGAGACGCUCUGACCCAGACGUCUAGACGCCACAAUUUGUCAAACUCGUUCAUAUCCUUACGCUCGCCCCAUUUUCCUGCUUCUAACAUCAACUUUGAGGUGCCAUGAUGAAGAGAUCAACAUUGUUCUUCACUUAGACCACUCAGAACGUUAUAGCGCCAUAAUGUUAUGCCCGAUCGGUGUCUUGCAGACACACCACACCACCCCACCCCCGACAAGCAAGCGUAAAAAACAUUCUCGUUUUAUCGGAGGCAAAAACCCCCGAGACCUCCAAUCCUGUCUUUCCAGUGCAGCGCUCCUUUUUUUCGUCAAAAACCGAUAGCGACAUCGCGGCGGUGUACGUUUCGGGAUUUGUUUUAUCUUUUAUCUUUAUUAUUAGAUUGCACGCAAGACGAGAGAGAGAGAGAAAAAAAAAAGAUUGCUGACAUCCGUCUAUGUUUUUUACUCGUGUUUUUGAUCGCGGAAUUUAUCCGACGAUUUAUUCGUUCGAUCGAUCGAUCGUUCGUUUGUUUGUUUAUUUAAAUCCUCAAAAAAAAAAAGAAGAAAAAAAAGAUUGCACAUUUACUUUGUCUCAGAUGUUAUGCAUUAUUUUAUUCAGGUGCUCCCUACGUCACGAAAAAAAAAUAUGAAUAAAUAAAGACCUGGAUCAUUCAUUCCUCCAUGAGCUUUCGCAAUAUUUUCUACGAUUUAGCUGGACGGUAGUGCGUACGGAUGUUUGUCCGUGUCUGUUUGUAAACGCUAUUUUGAAGUGUGUUCGCAUUCUUUAUGUUUAAAAGCAAAUAAAAAAAGAGAAAGACCCCCCCAUCCCCCCAUUUAACACACAUCUACACACACACACUUAGGCGUUAGUCAGAAACAACCUGAUUCAUAUUUCAUUUAAUAAUUCAGUGUAAAAAAUCAUUUGUAAAAGUGGCCAGGUUUCUUAUGGAUUAUUGUGGGGAGGUUCGAAUAAAAAAAAAAGAAAAAAAAAAAGAGCGAGAGAGGAAACUGUGAAACAUUUAACGAAACUGUUUGAUGAAAAUAAAUUGUCUUGGCUUAUAAAA